UCUGAAACCUGUUGCAUCUCUCAGCAUUUUGCUCUCAUAAUAACCGCUCGGUUUUCACCGUCGAGUUUUAGCCUCUUAUUAAUGUAUCAUAUUUGGUGGGAUUUUCUACAAAGCUUCGAAAAGCAAGUCGAUACCUAUUUCGAAUACCUGUAAAGCUAACCUCAUUUAGCCCUCACCAUCAUCGAUUAACGAGAAGGAUGGCUGUGAAUGUCAUUAGGUUCAUCGCCUGGUUGUUUUUCCUGGCUACUCUGACUAGAGCCGAGGACUGUGACGUCGAGAGCAAGAAUUGUACCUGCGUGAUGCCCAAGCUGUAUGAUUGUCCCGAGGUGGAUCUUAGUCUCAACCCGGUACCAGACGGCUGUCCACUGCUCAAUGAGAAACUGGCCGGAACAGACUUCUCUGAUCUAACUUGCGGUGGUGAGAAUGAUACAUUCGAACCAAUUUCUGGUGCGAUAUCUUUUACAGCUGAUGGUAGAUGGCUUGAGUUUGAGAAUGAAGCAUGCAAUGACGAAUUCUACUUUAUUGUCGAUCUUAACGGAGGACAACUGGUGAAGACCCUGAAGAUGGAAGACAUGAACCCUAGUGUGACAACUGGUCAGAAUGUGUCCUUUGAGGUCGCCUAUGGCUACACCGUGCCAUGCACUGAUCAACCGACUCUCAAUACCCUUCUCUGGCAGUACAUCACACCUGGGUGGUAUGCCUCCGAUGCGGAUAUCACGAAGGUUUGGAAUCGUCUGAACUUCACGAAUGGUGCCUUCGGUCAGGUUGAAGCCACGUACUUCAAGGCUUCUUACCUCUUUGUCCACUUCAACCAUAUCCCAGUCAACAGUCGAUUCAGAUUGUCUGUGACCGGAUGCCAUGAGACAGGCAAGGACAUUGCCCCAGCCCUCGAGUACCUCAAUAGCCUGCUAAGUGUGACCAAUGACACGUUGGAGAUCGUACAGGGCAUUGCAGUGUCUGGGACUGCGAUACAAUCGGAAAAUAAUCUUACUGAUGAUGAAGUGGUCCUGUUUCUCGAUGCAUUCGCGUCCUUCGAGGGUAACUCCCUUGAUCUGUCUAACGAGCCGGAGGAAGCACAGAAUCUAACAGAUGGUUUUGCUGAAGUUGCUUCCAAGGUUUUGAGUUCUAUCACGUUUGUCAGCAUACCACUAGAACAUUCUGGAGGUGUACACAGCACCGCCCCGUCAGGGCUUUACACAGCAGGAGCUAACGAACAUACAACGUCGCACAAUGCUGAUAAACGUGUUGCUGACCAGCAAGCCCGGGCCAUCCUGGCCAUCGAGCAGGCUAUCGGAGUGGUCACAUCUCGUGCUGGCAAUGCCACUAUCAUCGCGAAAACAGAGAAUCUCAUCAUUGAGUCUGCUCCUUUGCGUGUUACCGAUACCACGGAGGUUCAGUCCAUCACCCUUUCCUCGGGUUAUGGGAACGAGGAGGAAGACGCUACGGUGCAAAUAGGAGUGGACUUAUCAGGAAUAGCAGAACUUCUUAGUCUCCCAAGGUCCUCAAAUGAUAACAGAUCAUCCGUUCCAGUUCGCUUCACCGCUAUGCAAAUUAAAACGGACAACUUUCUGGAAACAAAUCAAAAUACAGAUUUCCGUUUGUCAGCUACUGCAAACAGCGACAAAGAGGAAGCAAUAUCUAAUAAGGUCUUUCUAAACUCGGACAUCCUCUCCUUCACUGUGUACUUUGAUGGUGUACCCCAAUCUGUCCCUAUUGAGACUAGCUACACGAACAAGGCGGAUCUGAACCCGAAGGAAAACGCCACCUAUCGCCGCAAUGAGAGCAGCACGUGUGUCUGGCUAACCGAGAACAAGCGUUGGAGUGAUACAGGAUGUAUCGCCACCAGCCAGGAGGAUGUCUCAACGACUUGCUCUUGUGGACAUACUACUAGCUUUGCCGUUCUGGUCCAAGUCGUUGAGUUUGAGAUCAGCAAGGCUGAUGACCUGGCGAUGACUAUACUCUCCUACUUUGGAAUCAGUUUAUCCAUCUUGUGCCUCGUCAUAGCGCUCUUUAUCUUCUUUACUGUAGGAGCCCUACGUACAUCUGAACGCAAUAUGAUUCAUCGCAACCUGAUGAUCGCUCUACUCCUGGCCUAUGUCGUCUUCUUGGGAGGUAUCCAAUACGCAAGGGUCAUUCCAAUCAUGUGCACCAUUGUAGCAGCCUUAUUACAUUAUCUCUACCUUGCAGUCUUUGGUUGGAUGCUGAUCGAAGGCAUACAUCUUUAUCUCAUGCUUGUCAAGGUGUUUGGAUCAGAAGGCAGUAAGCAGAUGUACUAUCUGGUGAUUGGCUGGGGUGCUCCUGUCAUUGUAGUUGCUAUAACAGUUGGGAUCAGGCAUCACGAAUACGGAACAGAGGAUAUGUGUUGGAUCAAGCCUGGUUCGGGUGCGAUAUGGGCCUUCGUUGGACCGGUCAUCGCAGUUAUCCUGUUCAAUUUCCUCGUUCUGUGUAUGGUGUUGCGUAUCAUCUACCGAUCAUCAGCGAUCAACGUCGAUUGCCCCAUCGAUCAAGUCAAGGCGGCAGCUAAAGGAUCUAUCGCUCUACUGCCCAUCCUCGGUCUUACAUGGUUUUUGGGGAUAUUCGCUUUGGGAAAGAGUACCAUAUUCUUUCAAUAUCUCUUCGUGAUAUGCAACAGCACACAGGGUAUCUUGCUCUUUGUGUUUCACUGUCUCUUUAACUCAGAGGUCAGAAAUGCACUGAAGCGUGAACAUGAGAAGAUGGGCUGGUCCACUGCUGGUGGUACACAGAGUAGGAAGGCUAAGGUCCAUCCUGAAGACAUCGGUACUAGCACAGCCAAGGGCCUCACUACUAAAGGGGCCACUAAGACCACCAGUGCUGAAGAGAAAUCUGUUAGUGUAUACCAUUCAGCCCAGAAUCUAUCUGGUAAGGGGGACAUGAAUCCAGAGUCUAAGACCAAAGACGAGCCUAAGAAGACCAACUCUGAGUUCUCUCUGCCGGGUCAGAUCGAUGACCCCCUUGAUGAGGCUCAGACCAGCACCAUACGACAGGAGAUAAAGACUGAGCGAGAGAUGGAACAAGGAGGCUGGAAGAUCAACGAGAAGAAGCAUGUCCAGCGAACCUUUGUUCGUGUCGAAGACACCCAGUAAUCAAACACAGCAUCUACACUUGAAGUGCUACACUACACUCAAAGUGUUGUAUUCUUACACCCUGCACUUUACAUAGAUUUGCCUCUAUUGAGAGUAUAGUGAAUGUUAACACCAUGGAUAAGCAGGUAUAUUU